AUGAUCCGAGUUUGUUGUGUUUGUGGCGACCGUGCAAUUGGCACUAAUUUCGGUGCCAUAACUUGUGAGUCAUGCAAAGCAUUUUUCAGACGAACAGCAGUUAAGAAUAAGGAUUUUAAGUGUCCGUUUGAUAACAAUUGUCAAAUAAAUUCUGUGACCCGAAAAUUCUGUCAAAAAUGUCGACUAAACAAAUGUUAUGCACAGGGAAUGAAAAGGGAGUCGAUAUUAAAUGAAAAAGAAAGACAAUUAAUAAGACUAAAAAUUGAAGAAAAUCGUCGAAAACGUAAAGUAAAUGAAGAAUCAAUUAUGACUCGUAUGGAAACUUCAGAUAAUUCUUUGCCCGAUUCAACCGUUUAUAUGACACCAAACCUAUCGGACAAAUACGGUAAACAAGUCUCAGUGAAAACAUGUAAUUCGUUGAGCAAAAGUGUAUACGACAUCAAUGAGGAGAUCAAAGAUAUUGAAAGUUAUAUUAAUAUUGAGAAUAAAGAAUCUGAUAUUUCUGAAGAAGUUUAUCAGACGGCUAUUGAUUUGCAGUUUUCAAUGAUAGCUAUAAUGAGACCUUUGAGUGACUAUUAUAACAAUUUUAAUGAACUCGAAGGCAGCAAAAUGAACGAACUGUUCGCUGCGGUCAACAAUAUUAGAGAACCGAAACCAAAUCGAUUGGUCUCUGAAGUGACAGAUAUUUAUAAUUUGCAGACAUCGGCCAUAACUUUGCGAUUUCAACGACAAGUGGCUAAUCUGACAAAAUUUACUAAAAACUUGACCGGAUUUCGGGAGAUCUGUGAGGACGACCAGAUUGCACUCGUCAAGUAUGGUUGUGUCGAAAUGCUUAACAUGAGAUCAAUACUAUUUUAUGAUUCAGAAAAUGAUUUAUGGGAUGUACCACUUGAUAACCAAAUCUGUAGUCGUCUCAGAACUGGAGUUUUAAUGGCCAAACCAAAAGUGUACCAAAAAAUAAAAAAGUACCUUGAUCAAAUGAGUAUGGAAUGGGAUGGCGAUAAAAUUAUUGUCGAUUUAAUGACUGCUAUACUAUUAUUUAAUCCAAACCGACCCGAUGUGACUCACAAAGAUGUUGUUAAGUUUCACCAAAAAGCUUACAUGUAUUUACUUCAACGCUAUCUUAUAUUGAGAUAUCGAUCCAAUAAUGAAACUAAAUCUAAAUUUUUAAGACUUAUAAAUAUUGUAAGAGAUGUCAAUAGUAUGGGAAAAGUGAUGAGAGAGGAUGCGGCCAAUAAUGAUCACACGGGUAUGCCAUUGCUUGAAGAGGUUUUUGAGACGGGACCUCAUAGUCACAAAUCAUGUAAUGAACAACCAGUCUAUACUGUACUUUGUUGA